AUGUUUGGUGGCAGUACUGCUGCGGCCGUGGGUUCUGCGGCCGCCCGAGUGGGAAGCUACACAGUGCUGGACGCCUAUGCUCGUCUGAUCAGUAUUAUCGUUAAUCACGGAGGAGAGAAUAUGAAUGAUGUCCCCUCGAAGGUUUGUCUUCGUCUUUUUUGUGACAUCCUCCACCCCAUAGACAUUCCAAGAGGCUUGUAA